CAUUAUUUCUAGGAAAUUCUGCAGCUUCUUGGGGAAAGAAAAAAGGUAGAAAGAAAUCAUCUUUUUAUGAUUGAUAGAAUGUGAAUUUUUGUUUUCCUUUUUGUUUUCUGCAUGAAAGCAUAUAUAAAUUGAAAUCAUUAAAUUUGAGAUUAUUACUUGUUUAAAAACACCAGAAUUAACCCAUGUCAAUGGGAUUUUAAAUGGAAAAGAAUGAAAUGCAUGUUGUGUUUGUGAACAGAAGAAUGUGAUGAGGGCAUUCGACUCAGUUGAAUCGAAUUGAAUUAAAUCUGCUACUUCCAAUGUUUCAUUUAGGAAUACUACAUUAUCAUCAAUAAUAACUUGGAACUACAUAUGGAUUAGUGGUUGCCUCUCUAAUACAUGCAUAGUGAUCGUAAAUUACAUAAAGGAAUAAAAAUAGAGAAAGAAUUGAAACUGCUGAUCCUACACUUGGAACAACUUUGCAUCCAGUAUAGGGCGUCAGGAUAGUCAGGAAUUCUUCUAGUGCAUUGCACAUAGAAUCCCAAGGAAAUGUUGCGGUCUGAAGACUACAUAAACCCAAACGAUGAAUAGAAUCUAGAAUUGGAUUUCGACUAAUGUUUUAUUAUUACAAUAGACCGAACAAUUUUGGUGACCAAAAGCAAUAAGCUCGACAAAUUUCAAGUAGCACACCCAUCGAUGGAACAUAGUGGAAAUGGAGCUCUCAUGAAAUAUUUACUAGAACUUGACAUAAAACAACGUUCACACGAUGGAUCAGACUAUAACUUGUCUACCUUUACUUUUGUGAAGAUUACCUAAGUAAUUUUAUUUUUUGGAAUAGUUAUAGGAAAUUAAUUAUGCUGGCAAAGGUAUUUAUCGUUAGCAAAAUAUCAUCUUUUUCGUUGGUUUGGAUUUUUCUUGUUUUUUAGGGAGUUAUUUUCAUUUUCAUUUUCAUUUUUAAUUUCUUUUUUUUUUUUUUUCUUCUGAGCGAAUCCAUCUUUUGUUAUAGUCUCCAACAACCAUUUUCUUUCGUUCUAUUCUGUUCCCUUGUAGUUAUAAGCAUCCAAGAUGUCAAGUUUUCGAUAAAAUUUGUUCCUUUUCGUUUACUUUUCAUAAACGUAAAUCAUCAUUGAUGUUUAAAGCCAAGAGCGUUUUUGCUUGUAUUAUGGUUGAAACAAAUUUCCAUGGCACAAGUUUUCUUACUGUUGGUCAAUUCCAUGUCCUGGGGUCUACAGUCUACACUCAAAAAAAGCUGAAAUGGAAGAAUGCUUUGUAGUAUACCGUUCGUUCAAACAAAGAGUUGAAAAUUCAACUAUAGUGGAAUUCAAAGAAACAAUUUUAGAAAGAAAGAAAGAAAUCAAGAAAAAAAUUGCUUUCAGCUAGAGAAAUUCUUCAUUUCAAUAAAUCCGGAUGGUCCUUGAUUCAAACUUUACGAUAAAACCCAAGCAACUCAACCCAACUCAAGUCAUCGUAACUCAAAUAACCCAUAUGACCCCUAGAAUGAAAAUGGUUUGAAUGUUUUCAAGGAACGCAAGCAACCGGAUCAAGACUUCUUCCUACUACUCCUUACAACUGACGCUAUGACAACACAAAAUCAGAUUUGUACUUUAUGCUGGUUGGUUUCAUAACUUGUUAUGGAAAGGGGUACGGUAACCCGACCCAAUGUAAGUCAUUCCUGGUUUGCAUGGACGAUACUAUCAUUGUCAUGGGAACACAGGAAGAACUUGGUUACUGUUUACUAUGCUCUCUCAUUACGAAAUGCAGGAUAAUUAGUCUUGUACGACUUGAAUACCAGCUUUCUUUCCUUGUCUAGAUCGGGUAGCCAUCUGCUUUCAUAAUUUGCUGUUUGUUCAGAUUUCAUAAUAAAAAUGACAAUUGGAUCAAUUUCAACUGCUAUAUAAAGGCAGUGAUUCCGUUCCUUGAAACCAUCGAAUACAUAUCGAUCCACUUGUGUGUUUUUAUUCGGAUUGAUUUUUUUUAUUUCUCUUUUAUCCUUUGGUUUAAACGAAUUUUGAUUUUUCUCAUUUCUUGAAAACAUUUCUUUUUGAAACUUGAAUUUUUAUAAUGAAGUUCUCCUUGUCUGCCUUUUUCUUCACCAUUGUCGGUGCUACUCUUGCUUUGGCUGCUCCAGCUACAAACUUGACAUCGACUAUCGACAAGGAAUUCAGUAUCACCGCUAUUCACUCCGGUCAAGAAUCCGUUCACUUACAUUCACUCUAUGUUGAUCAGUCUGGCCAUGUUUUGAUCGUUGGUGAAACAAAAGUUCCUGGCCUUGACAUACAUCAUGGUUUUCGUCUCAAGGAUGGUCAACUAUCUCACGGAAACAAUCCUGCUCAUCUUGACAAAGAUGGCGCUCUUACUUUUGAGUCUACGCAGAGCGCUCCCUUGGAAGGCUUUAAAGCCAAACCUGUUAUAGGCACUGGCGUCGAGUCCUAUAAUAUUUACUUGAAAGAUUACGAUUAUCCUGUGGCCUGUCCCGUUCCCAACACCACCCAAGUCUAUCAAAUUUACUAUGGUAAGGGCAACGGUAACGAUUGCAUUUGGUUUGUUCCUUGGGCUACUCUUCCUUAAAUUAUGUUUUCAUACUAACAUUGCAUCUACUUUUAAUUCUCUUUAUCUUCAUAGUUCGAUUCAACUCGAUCUUCAUCCUCGUUAGCUAACGAUCGUUUUUUAAUCAUGAUAACUUUGCAUCAAUUGAAGCAUUUCUCAUUGUCAGCCUUACAAUUCCAUCUCUUUUAGAAUCUUGUAGUCAAUUUGGACCCUUCUACCGCGAACUCACCAACCUAUGAAAGCUGUCUACUUACUAGAAUUGUAUAGUUGAUGUCACGAAAUCCCAUCUCUAAUUUAUUACGCUAGGCUUCCACGUACAGAGUAUCACUUUCAUUUUCACUCUUGACUUUUAAACCACUUUGAACUAUCGUCUCCUUUAAAGUAUACUACAGGUAUACACCUGCGCUUUGUCACUCGUAAAGUGACAGCACAACUACGCGAUGGCUUCUCUCAUCAUUUGCAAACAAUACAAGAAAAAUCUAAAAAAUAAAAAGCAUUUAAAAGGUUGUAGAUAGCCUACAGCGUCCCGGAUUCCCAGGUUGUCUGCAACCAUAGUACCAACGAGACCCUCAGAUGGUUUAACAGCAGUGAUAGGAUGCCUAGGUGUGGCCGUAAAUGUUGAUUCGCUUUGUAGAAGUAAUAAAAUUGGUUUUUCUUUGCUGUAACUGACGGUAUUUAGCAUUGUGUCAACUUGAUGUCCUUUAACUCCAUCCCUAC